CGCAGCGCGGCCCAGCAGCGACCCGUCCAUGCAGGAGGCCGAGGAGAGCCCGGCGCCCGCCGAGGAGCCCGAGCAGCCGGGCGCGCCGCUCCCGCUGGAGCAGCAGCAGGAGGAGGAGGAGGAGGUCGAGGCUGAGGCUGAGGCGCCGCCCGGGUCCCCGGAGCACCCGCCCGCCGCCGAUGGGCUGCCCGGCCGCCUCAGCCCUGAGGAGGAGGAGGAGGAACAGCCGCCCGCGCCCGCCGAGGAGAAGACCGCAGCCGAGGAAACGCCCAAGGUAGAAUCCGAGGAGGAGGCCGAGGCGGAGGAGCCGGAGCCCAGCACUGAGGCCGAGGCCGAGCCGUCCCCGGAGCAGCAGGAGGAGAAGAAGGAGCAGGAGGAGGAGGAGGAAGAAGAGGAGGAGGAUGACAUCUCCUUCAGCGACCCCGAGGACUUCGUGGACGACAUCAGCGAGGAAGAAUUACUUGGUGAUGUGCUAAAAGACCGGCCACAGGAAGCAGAUGGAAUUGAUUCAGUAAUUGUAGUGGAUAACGUUCCUCAGGUUGGACCAGACAGACUUGAGAAGUUGAAGAAUGUCAUCCACAAAAUCUUUUCCAAGUUUGGGAAAAUUAUCAAUGAAUUCUAUCCAGAAGCAGAUGGGAAGACAAAAGGGUAUAUAUUCUUGGAGUACAUGUCCCCAGCUCAUGCUGUUGAUGCUGUAAAAAAUGCAGAUGGAUACAAGUUGGACAAACAGCAUACUUUCAGAGUCAAUCUUUUCACGGACUUUGACAAGUACAUGACUAUCAGUGAUGAAUGGGAAAUCCCUGAGAAACAGCCAUUUAAAGACUUGGGGAAUCUACGCUACUGGUUGGAAGACCCAGAUUGUAGGGAUCAGUACAGUGUGAUCUUUGAGUCAGGAGACCGCACCACCAUCUUCUGGAAUGAUGCAAAGGAACCUGUCCAAAUUGAAGAAAGAGCACGGUGGACAGAAACCUAUGUCCGCUGGUCCCCCAAGGGUACCUAUCUGGCUACAUUCCAUCAAAGAGGAAUUGCUUUAUGGGGAGGAGAAAAAUUCAAACAGAUCCAGAGGUUCAGCCACCAAGGUGUACAGCUCAUAGACUUCUCGCCUUGUGAAAGGUACAUGGUGUCCUUCAGCCCUCUAAUGGACACUCAGGAUGACCCUCAGGCUAUCAUCAUCUGGGAUAUCCUAACUGGUCAGAAGAAGCGAGGAUUCCAUUGUGAAAGUUCAGCCCAUUGGCCCAUCUUUAAGUGGAGUCAUGAUGGUAAAUUUUUUGCUCGAAUGACAUCAGAUACCCUCAGCAUCUAUGAAACACCUUCUAUGGGCCUACUGGACAAGAAAAGUUUGAAAAUCACUGGGAUAAAAGAUUUUUCAUGGUCUCCAGGAGGUAACAUAAUUGCAUUUUGGGUGCCUGAAGACAAAGACAUCCCAGCAAGGGUGACACUGAUGCAGCUCCCCUCCAGACAGGAAAUUCGUGUGCGGAACCUGUUCAAUGUGGUAGACUGCAAACUACACUGGCAAAAGAAUGGAGAUUACCUGUGUGUGAAGGUAGACAGGACUCCCAAAGGUACACAGGGUGUAGUGACCAAUUUUGAAAUCUUCCGAAUGAGAGAGAAGCAGGUCCCAGUGGAUGUGGUAGAAAUGAAAGAACCUAUCAUAGCCUUUGCCUGGGAACCAAAUGGUAGCAAGUUUGCUGUGUUGCAUGGAGAGACUCCUCGAAUUUCUGUCUCCUUUUACCAUGUCAAAAAUAAUGGGAAGAUAGAGUUCAUCAAAACGUUUGACAAGCAGCAGGCAAACACGAUAUUCUGGAGUCCCCAAGGGCAGUUUGUAGUGUUGGCUGGCCUCAGAAGCAUGAAUGGUGCCUUAGCGUUUGUUGAUACAUCUGAUUGCACCAUGAUGAACAUAGCUGAACACUAUACAGCCUCAGAUGUGGAAUGGGAUCCUACCGGCCGAUACCUUGUUACUUCUGUGUCUUGGUGGAGUCACAAGGUGGACAAUGCGUACUGGUUAUGGACCUUCCAGGGUCGUCUUCUCCAGAAGAACAAUAAAGACCGUUUUUGCCAGCUGCUUUGGAGACCCCGACCUCCUACUCUGCUCAGCCAGGAUCAGAUCAAGCAAAUUAAGAAGGACCUGAAGAGAUACUCCAAGAUCUUUGAACAGAAGGAUCGUCUGAGCCAAUCCAAAGCCUCAAAGGAGCUGGUGGAAAGGAGACACACAAUGAUGGAGGAGUUCAAGAAAUACCGCAAGAUGGCACAGGAACUUUACAUGGAACAGAGAAAUGAGCGUUUAGAGCUUCGAGGCGGGGUGGACACAGAUGAGCUGGAUAGCAAUGUAGAUGAUUGGGAGGAAGAGACAGUUGAAUUUUUUAUCAACGAAGAAAUUAUUACCGUUGCAGAACCGGAGUAGUCUAAUAAAACCGUGCACCACCAUAUCUUGUACUGAAAAGAGGUUUGUUCAUUUUCAGAAAGCCUACAUCAUCUUUGGAAUUUUUAGACCAUCUUCUCUCACUCUGGAUGGUGAAUGCGCCACCUUCUCUCCAUUCUGACACAUUGUAGUGCCUUUAAAACCCGCUGCCUGCAGGAGGGAUAUUUGCAAAGGCACUUCUUUUAAAUUUUUAUUCAUUUUUAGGGGUUUUCUUUUUAAAUCCACCACUACCAGUAUUUGCUAUCUGACUCUCGUGUGAUGCUUACCAGUUGGCAGUUUUUAAUUGCCCUCGGGUGAGUGUCAACAGUGCACCUUCUGGAGUCUGGCGCGCACACACAAUGCUUCUCUUUGCUGAGGACACUUUUUACGUCCCAUGUGCAUGGACAGGUGUUUGUUUUGUAUGGGAAAAGAUCUGCAGGGAAACCAUUUUUCACGUGAUGUAUUUUAGUGUGCUGAAGCGGCACUACAGUGGGCUGUACCCUCCUCCAUUCAGAUUGUGACAGGAUCUCUCAGUGGGUUGAACGUGAAAAUAAAAACAGACCUAUACUAAAAAAAACAGGCCGUCUUGUGUGUUGUCUGUAGGAAAACUUUAACUGACUAAAAUUGGAUAUAUUCUGAAUGGUAGGAGUUUCUCCAUUUAGAAUAGGCCACUGCUUUUCAUUAUUUUAUAUCCUGGUUUCAUUACAGCUGUUUUGAUCCUUUUCUUGCAGUUCAUCAGUUAACAGAACAAUCAUACACUUUUAAUAACUAUAGUGGAAUGAUUUGAAAAUGAAAGAAUGUUUCUUAGAGACCUACUUAAAGGCAUUGUUACUGGUGCAACAGAGGGAUUUUGGAAGCUUUUAAUAGGUUUUACUAGGAAGCUUUGGUUGAAAAAUCUAUUUGAAGGAACACUGUAUUCACACAAGGAGCUGUAAAGCUCCAGGCAUCAAAAUAGUGGAUAUACAAGGGAGCCAAUAUAAUGUGGAAGAAAGUUCAGAAUUCUUAAAGCUUCUGAAGCAAUACUUUUUGGGCAAACUUCCCUCAAGCAGGAAAAAGGCAAAUCUCCCAAGAAGCUGGUUAAUUUUUUUUUUCCAGCAGAAAAGCUUGUCAAAAUGAGCAUGUUUGGUACUGAAACUUCAGUGAAGUGGUUGCUUGUGGCAGGUUUUCUUUCACUUGUUUGAUGAAAGACUGUCCCAUACUUUGGCCUGAUUGCAACACCAAUUAAAUUGUUGUUUUGCACCCAGUAAGAUAAGUUUCUUGUCCAAUAUACCUUGACUCUUCCAUGAUUCAUACCCUUUCCUUGUACUUUUUUGCAAAGAUGAAUAAUAAAACAGCUAGACGGAGACCUUCAGUACAUGGCUGGACAAAUACCAUAUUCCAAAACCUGAUUUAAAUGUUGAACUGUAAUAACCCAAGUAUGAUCCUGAUCCUGAGUGCUUUCUUUUUGUUGAGUUAGAGAUUUUGUGCUUUGAACUAGAUGCUGUUAUCAAAUACUUCUAUUUCUAAGGAUCCAGUCAGUGGUUGAUACACUACAGAUACUUCAGAGGGCAACAUGCUUUCAUUAGGUGCUUUCCAGGAGCUCUCACUUUUUUUUUUCCCCCCCUCAAGUAUUUGGACUCCUCCCUCUAAGCUUUAUUUAAGGCUUCUGAUAGGCUAGCUCAUGUACGUCCAAUCACUAAAACUUGAGCAAUACAUAGUUAAAUAUUCGAGGAAGUUUUCAGCCCUUUGUUACACUGAAAUCCCCCUACCUAAUUAAAAAAAGAAAGAAAACAUUCUUGAAAACUUGAGGAUGCAAGGUGAUCAAAAUAACGAAACUCUUGCUGUUGUGUUUAGUUUCUAAUCAUGUGGAAACUGAAAAGUUAAAUCGAAUCUUGUGUCUAACAUACAGAACAGACACAAGAUGGAUGUUUGAUCUUAAAUUCUAUUUGAUGUCCUAAGCUAAGGAAUUCCACCUGUUGUAUUUAUUUUCUGCUUUAAAUUGGCUUUACUAUAUUUUACUCUGUCCUUUUUGGAGCAGAGCAGUAUCAUACACUUGAUACAGUACCCAGGGACUCGCUUCAUGUAGCUUGUGUGUUUGCUUCUUCAGGGUGAAAAAUGUUAACCCCACCCAUCAAUCGCUUCACAUCACUGGUGAGAGAAAUAUUUUUGAAAUACCUUGCCUCGGCCUAUAUUACUGAUGUUCCUAUGCUGUAAAAGGAACUUCGAAAGCCCUGUCAGAAUGCUUAUGACAAACAAUUGUGCCUUUUUUAUUCUUAAAUAUGGGCUACUUGCACUGUUCCUCAGUGUGGCUGUUAAAAGCUCUUUUUCUUUCUGUAGUACACCUCUCAAAAUGCGUCUUGCAAAUAGUAUAGCACAGGAAGUGCUUUACCUAAUGCUGAGACAUGGCUGUGUACCAGUGUGUACCUAACAUUACUUAACAGUUGAAUUCAGGGAAAUUCCAGACAUUUAUUACAGAACAUAGAGCUACUACUUCUGUUUUUAUGAAAGUGUCACUGCCUCUUUCUCUACAAACCAAAAAAAGAAAUCUUACCCAUAUUCCCAGGAAUCUUACCUUUUACUGACUGCCUAAUGGAAAAGGCGAGGUACUUGAGAUUAGUAUCAGGAGUUCAGUAUCUGAUAGAUGGCAAACAUCCUCCAUACCGCUUAAGAAUACUCCAUUGUAGGAUGUGUACUGGGGGGAAGGCUGGUUCUGUAAUGUUUUUGGUUUGCCCUCUUUGCAUCUUCCACUCCCUAGUAGCUGUCCUCUCCUUCAGCAUGUACAUCUCAACUCCCUUUGUGUUUCCUGAUGUCUGAAUGAUCUUAAUGAUGGAGGCAGUUAACUACUAAAGACUGGUUGGUUCUUGUCUACAUUACCAUUUUCAUUUAAUUUAAAUUUGUAAUGAUUUUUUUAAAGAAAUAAAAUAGCUUUCUCCUGAA